UAUAAAUGCCUGCCCAUGACAUCUGCAUGGUUCUCUACACCACACACCAUCACCACAUACAGGAAGAACCUAACACGUUUUCCUCCCAGUAGUAUGGCCAUGAAUCAUAUCUCCCAGGAGCACCCCAAUGCAUGGCCAUGGGGGGUAGCCAUGUACGCGAACCUGCACUACCAGCAGUACCACUACGAGAAGGAGCACCUGUUUGAGAAGACCCUGACGCCCAGCGAUGUGGGCAAGCUCAACAGGCUGGUGAUCCCCAAGCAACAUGCCGAGAGGUGCUUCCCUCUUGGUGGCGACUCCGGUGAGAAGGGCCUGCUCCUGUCCUUCGACGACGAGGCUGGCAAGCCAUGGCGGUUCCGGUACUCGUACUGGACGAGCAGCCAGAGCUACGUGCUCACCAAGGGCUGGAGCCGGUACGUCAAGGAGAAGCAGCUGGACGCCGGGGACGUUGUGCACUUCGAGAGGGUGCGCGGCCUCGGCACCGGCGACCGUCUGUUCAUCGGCUGCAGGCGCCGCGGCGACGUUGGUGCACCAACGGCAGUGGCACCACCUCCCGCUGUGCGUGUCGUGCCUGCGUCUGGACAGAACACCAGGGAGCAGCAGCAGCCAUGGAGUCCAAUGUGCUACAGCACAUCCAGCUCGUACCCUACAAGCCCAGCCAACUCCCAUGCCUACCGUCGUUCAGCGGAGCAUGAUCACAGCGACAUGCAUCAUGCCGGAGAAUCCCAGUGGGACGCAGACACCAGGAGCUGUAGUGCAGCCUCGGCACCGACGAGGAGGCUCAGGCUGUUCGGCGUGAACCUCGACUGCGGGCCAGAGCCAGAGGCAGACACCGAGAUGGCAGCACCAGCGAUGUACGGCUACGUGCACCAGAAUCCCUACGCCACCGUGUCUCCAGUGCCCAGCAACUGAACUUAAUAUAUUGACAGGGGCAGUUCAUGAAUAGGAUGACGAGCAGAUCUGAGGCCAUGCGUUGCACGGUGGAACAAGUUACUACCACCACCACCACCAGCCUACUACUGCUGCUCUGCACCAAGUGACAUGUUUGAAUUGACCCGUGGAAGGGAAAGGAAGGAAGUGGGGAGAUCCCAUGUUCCCCCGUCAAUCUUCCAUCCACCCAUCCAUCGAUCACCAGGAAGCCCUUUGUCUGUUUUUUCUUCACUUUUUGUCUUCCAGAAACCCUAUUUUCUGUACGGAACCCUGGCAGCACGGUUGGGUGCGGAGAGGUUUCAGGAAACAUCAAGUUAAAGAGAGAUGGAGAGAGAGAGCUAGACAGACAGACUUGUGUAUGUAUGUGUCAUGUCUGAGUGAGUGAGUGCUUGAGUGGGUCCAAGAAGAAGCUCCGAAGCUGAUGUAUCCUCUCCUGCCUCCUCAAGAAACAAAGUAACAUUCCCAUGGAGAUUUUGUUCUCUCCCAAUC